AUGGAAAAUGAAAUGGUAAAAUCUCUUGAAAACGAUGUAGGACAAAUAACUACAAGUAUGCAAGAAACUUCACAUUUACUUAAUAAUUAUUUUCAGUCUGCAUUUGUUGUUGAGCCUCUAGAUGAAAUGCCAAACUUUAGAGAUCGAUCCCAAGCAAAGUGCAAUUUAAAUGAAGCUACAAUCACGCAUGCAGCUGUACAGCAAAAGCUUGAAAAACUAUUUGAAACAAAAUCUAAAGGGUGUGAUGGAACGCACCCUCGUGUACUUCGCAAUUGCGCUGCUGCAAUCUCCGUACCAUUAACAAUUAUCUACCGUAGUUCCCUCUCUGAAGGUAAAGUACCCAAGCUAUGGAAACUGCCAAAUAUAACACCAAUCUUCAAGACCGGUAGUAGAAGGAAGCGCUCAAACUACAGACAAAUAUCACUAACAUCAGUACCAUGCAAGAUAAUGGAAAGCUUCAUUCAUGAACGAAUCAUGAAGCACUGCUAUAACAAUGGUCUAUUCUCAAAAGCUCAACACGGUUUUUUACCUAAGCGGAGCUGUGUGUCUAAUCUACUAGAAGCUCGUGAUAUUCUGACAGAUGCAGUACAUCAUGGCUAUUCCAUAGACGUGAUAUACACUGAUUUUCCAAAAGCCUUCGACGAAGGACACAAAAAUCUUCUGCAUAAACUUAAAGGUUAUGGUUUAUGCGGCUCACUCUUCAGGUGA